CUGAGCCCGAGGAAAGGGCAACUCCCAGAGAGACUGUCCUGGGGAAGACUGAGCAAUGAACCCCGGGUUGGCCUGGAGGAAGUGCCUCAGAUAUCCAUCCUGUGACUAAUAAACAACUCGGUGAUCUCUGGUCCUUUAGUCUAAUGGGUCCUCAUAUAUUGGGUUCAUUCUGAUUUUUGUUGGGUUUACAACUUCAGAAAUUAUAGGAGGAGAUAAGAUAAAACGGAAGCGUAGUGAGAACCCAGGAGGUCAUCGCAUGAAAAAAAAUUUUUUUUUUAAUGUACAGUAAGUUCUGCCUGGUUUGUUACCUUUUUGUGUCUUACAUACCCAAUGAGGUUGCAAGGAUAUAUAUACACACACAUAUAUACACAUAUAUGUAUAUACAUAUAAACCCAUAUAUACAACCUUAUAAUUUCAUUGGGUAUACAAACACACACAAUCUUUCUACCCAUUUUGCCUGUCACUUAAUAGGCGAGCAAUUAAGACGUGUUGAUUAAAGCUGGAGGAUUUCUGCUCAAAGGUAACCUAUAUCUAUCUCCAUUUACGAUUUUGACCAGACGAAGAGGAAACAGAGGAGAAGGUGGAGGUCGUUGAUUUCCUGAUCAAGCAGCCGUUUAUUUUGAUAUGCAAAUCCAGAGCCUGACAGCUGCUGGUUCGUGUCCUUGAAAACCUUCAUCAAGAGAUCUGGCUUGGCUGGGUCAGGAAAUGACUCAUGGGGGUGCGAUUAAAGGAUACUUUGCCUGAGGUUUGUGUUGCCGGGCAGCACAAAGAGACCAGAGUCACACUGCUGCCAGCAUGACAAGAAAGGUAGAAGAGAAGUGUAAGGAGCGUAAGCUAUCACGGUAUCCACGGUUGGUAAAAGCUGCUGCAGGACAACCAAACGCAGAGACACCUUCCACGGCCCCGAGUCCCUGAUAAAAGCAAACCAUCCGCCCUAAAACCCCGAGUACUGGUGGGUGGAGAAGAGCGCCAAGGUGGAAACGAAGGACCUGACUUUCUAGGAAGAGAAGCAGAAACCAACCCAAGAGAUGAUAACAUUGAAAAAAGGCUAAGUUCUGGGGAGGGACCGAAAGCGCCACAACAGGGACCACGUGCUUGCAACCGAGGAACGAAAACAAACCCGCUUGGUCCCGCCCGGCGGCCGUCACCUGACCCCGCGCGCGCGCACGCUUCCGGGGGGAGCCUGGUAGUUGCUGGGCGUUCUUCCCGUUCGGCGGCCCCCGGCGCUGGGCUUUGUUACCGGGUCGGUACCCACGUCCCCUCCGCUGCCCUGCACUCUUGGGUCCCCAGGGAGCCCGCCUCGUAGUAGCUAUGGCAGCAGGCCCGGGAGCGACCACGGGUGCGACCCCUGCGUCGGGAGCUGCAGGGGAGGAAGGUGCACGUGUUAAACCUUUCACACCAGAGAAAGCAAAAGAAAUUAUAAUGUCUUUACAACAACCUGCAAUCUUCUGUAACAUGGUCUUUGAUUGGCCAGCACGACACUGGAAUGCCAAACACCUUUCCGAGGUCCUUCGUGGAAAGCAGAUACGAUUCAGAAUGGGAAGGAGGAACACAGAUACAGUUCCUCAGUUUGAAACUACAUGCAGUUACGUGGAAGCUACACUCGAAGAGUUUCUGAACUGGAACUGUGACCAGUCUGAUGGUUCUGGACCAUUUAGAAAUUAUGAUCAUUCCCAGUUCUGGGCUUAUGCUGACUAUAAGUAUUUUGUCCGUCUGUUUGAAAACAAGACAGAUGUUUUCCAGGAUGUGCUAUGGUCUGACUUCGGGUUUCCUGGAAGAAAUGGACGAGAGAGUACGUUAUGGAUUGGCUCCCUGGGGGCCCAUACCCCCUGUCAUCUGGACUCUUACGGUUGUAACUUAGUAUUCCAGGUACAAGGAAGGAAAAGAUGGCACCUCUUCCCUCCUGAAGAUACUCCUUUCCUUUAUCCAACAAGAAUCCCUUAUGAAGAAUCUAGUGUGUUCAGUAAGAUCAACGUUGUCAAUCCUGAUUUACAACGUUUUCCUCAGUUCCAGAAAGCUCGAAGACAUAUGGUCACACUGAACCCAGGACAGGUUCUGUUUGUUCCCAGACACUGGUGGCAUUACGUGGAAUCCGUUGAUCCUGUUACUGUCAGUAUAAACUCAUGGAUUGAACUGGAAGAGGACCACCAAGCCCGGGUAGAAGAGGCGAUCACCCGUAUUCUUGUAUGCGCCCUGAAAACCGCAGAGAAUCCAGACAAUACCAAAGCGUGGUUAAACCCAACUGAGGUUGAGGAAAUAUCCCACGAAGUCAAUUGUCACUACUUAAAUGGAGCUGUUUUGGCCCUUUUUGAUCAUUACAGAACAUCUAAGGAAGUUGAAAUUCAAGCUUUCGGAGCAAAUGGAGAGCACACAGAAAAGGAAAAAUUAAAUGUGCACGACCACAUGGAGGUGGAACAACCACAUAGCCAGAACUUAACCACAGGAAUCAUAAAACAGGAGUCAGCAAGUCCCUUUGGCCCUGAUCUGGUUCCUGUAAUGCCAAGUUCCGAAGAACCAUCCACAGAAAGGGGAAGCAUUUUUGAAAGUGAUGGCAACACUUUGGAUGGCGAACACUUUGGAAAAUUACAUUGUACAAAGAGGCAACGAAUGAUGUAUAAAAGCAAGGACGCAGCUGUGGAACAAAUUGCUUCAAAUAGUACUGAGGCCCCUUCUCAAACAUUUAUUUCUACAGAUGACUUGCUGGACUGUUUGGUGAAUCCACAGAGCAGGACACCAAGCAGGAGAAAAGUAGGUGGUCAAAUAUGAGCCCCCCUUAUGGAAGGAACUGAACAUCUAGGAACACCAAUCCUGGGAAUAAAAAGAAUGGGAUGCUACUGACUCCUGAAACAGUGACGAAAAGCUUAGGUAGGUGAAAUUGAUCCCUUCUCAUUUAACAUUUGCAAGAAGACCUGGGGAGAACUAUUACCAUUAUUGUCUUAAGUAUGAAUUUGGAAAUAGAGACAUACUGAUCUCUGAGUAACCAAGCAUGAAACAAACACACAGUACAAAAGAUAUGCAGUGUGACCUCUUGAGACUACUUGACUACUGGUCCCACUCUAUUGUCUUCAGACUGACAGUAUCAGUAAAUUAAAAAAAAAAAAGCCUUCCUAAAAGAGGGAAGGUGGUGUUGUAUGAACAUACUGAGGAAGAAGGGUCUUAGAAGAACCCUUCUGUAGCACUUAUCACCAUCUGACCACUACUUAUUGACCUAUUUACUUGACUAUUGUCUAUCUUACUCAACUGGUAUGUAACUCCAUGAAGGUAGAGAGACUUCAUUGUUGUAUUUGAAAAUCCUCAGUUGGUGCCCAGCACAUAAUAGAUGUUCAUCAGAUAUUUGACUGAAUGGAUACUUGGAAGGAGACCUCACUGGCAAUGCUCCAUCAACUAUAUCAGGGCAGAGCAUGUUGGGGCUAAGGGUAAGAUGUCCAUUACUCAAAUAAGGUACAUUCUUAUUGUAGGCAUAGGCGUGUCUUUUUCUUCAGGUGUUUUAGUUUUGAUAUUUGUUCCUCCUUCAGCCAGUGCUAUUCAAACUGCAGGUUGUUGCCCGUUAGUGAAUCACAAAAUCAAUUUAGUGAGUGAGACAAGCAGUUUUUAUAAAAUGUAAUAGAUUGUUUCAGUGAAUUACAGUAGUAAGUAAAGGUAUUAUUUUGUGUAACUUUCCAGGAAAAGUAGUAUUUCAGGGUAAGUCUGUUUCAUAAAAAUUUUCGGUUGUAUAUGUGUGCAUGUACUGGGCUUGGUAUAAAAUGUAUUUCUUAGUGUGGACUGUUGUCAGAAAUGUUGGAAAGCUACUGUCCUGAGAGAAAGCAUUUAAUUCAGGUUGAGGUAAGUCUUUGACACACAGUUACCUGAGAAGAGAGUUAAGAUGUUAGUGUGAAUGGAUUCCUAAGUGUAAAUUGUGAUGGGAGUUAAUUUCCUGAUUUUAUGUCAUUGUUGGGUGUUGGUGGCAGCAACCCCAUGUAACAGAGUAGAACUGCCCCCUGGGGUUUUUUGGCUAUAAUCUUUACAGAGCAGAUCUCCAAGUCUUCCUCCCACAGAGACACUGGCUGGGUUCAAAUCACCAGCCUUUCCGUUAGCAGCUGAGUGCUUAACCAUUUCACUACCAAGAUCCUCCCUGAUUUUAUAGAAAUUAUGAAACAGCAAGAGAUCCCAGCUACCUGCAAAGAGGGAUUGUGAAAGUGAGAAAAGAUAGUAAAGGGGGAAUGCUGUCAACCAUCAGGAUCUCUGGGUCCAGUUUCAUCCUGCAUUUUACAGGUGAGCAUACCUGAGUGAGGGAAGUCAGUUAUUAAAUACUUUGACCCUCCAGUGGCCAAAAGGGGUUAAAGAAUACAAGCUCAGCCUUACACCCGACCUCACAGUAUGAAGGUAUCAGCAGGACUACCUUAUCCAUUAGGCACAGCAGUAGGCAGGGUAGGCUACGGCUGUGAUGCCUUCAGGGGCCUAUAAAAAUGCUUUAGUUUCUUUGAAAAUCAGGGGAAAAAAAAAAAAUAUAUAUAUAUAUAUAUAUAUAUAAUCCAGCUUCAGCUAACAUCAGUACAGCUGUAAAAUAUUUUUGUUACCGUGGUACAAAUAUAACAUUUCACCAUUCAACAUUUUUUACUUGUACAGUUCAGUAACCUUACGUUCAUCAUGUUGAACAACUGUCAUCAGUCUCUAUUUCCAAAUUUUCCUAUCACCUUAACAGAAAGAAAACCCUGGUGGCGUAGUGGUUAUUUCGGUUUUUUUUUUUUUCUUAGCAGAAACUCAGUUUCCCCCAGGCAGUGCCCUCCCUGCUCUUUUCCUCGCCUUCCUGCACCUGUAACCACUAGUGAACUUUGGUCUUUAUACAUUUGCCAGUUCUGGAUGUAAGUGGGAUCAUACAGCAGCUGUCAUUUUGUGGCUGAUUCCACUUAGCGUGUUUUCAAAUGUUUUUAGUUUCUUUAAAGUAAGAAAAAAAAUAGAAUAUAAUCUAGUCUCAGCAUUCGUCUUUAUAACAGCAUAGUUGUAAAAUAUAAUUUAUAUAUAUAUAUAUAAAUAUAUAUAGUUGUUGGCAUAGUCAACCUUGCCCUGAAUUAACCAAACCACUGGAGAACAAAGGCAAAUUUGAGAGCAGGUCUCUUUUUUUUUUAAUUCAAUUUCUUACGUUUAUUGUCAAUGCUGAGUUAGGAUGCCAAUGGCCAGGAAGCCACUCUCAAGCAAAAGGGGUCCUUGCCAAUCCACUUAAACAGCAACAAGAGAAAUUUCAACCUGUCUUUGUUAACGGAACAGCCGCAGUGGUUCCCUCAACCACUUUCACCUGAUAGGCCCCCAGUGGUCAGGGAAGAGCACCUUUAUCCUCCAAGCGACCCUAGCAUCAGAGAGUAUCAUUUGUCCUGGCUCCACGUGAGGAUCAUCUCUGGCCCCUUACAGAGCUUUGGGGGAAGAGACUGCAGUGGAAGCCAAAGCCAGAAGGAGGACAAGGAAACAGGAGGUAAUUUGAGGGUUGUCUGAUGUUCCUGAAUCAGUAACAUUAACAGGACACCUGCUUCGGUGGCACGAGCAAAGGGUUUGAUGUCACAGGGACCAAGGUUCUGUUGAUUUGAGGGCUACUACCUAGGUUACGUUAGGCAAGGGAGCAUCUUCUUUUUUCUUUUUAUUUUAUUAUACUUUAGAUGAAGGUUCACAGAACAAACUAGCUUCUCAGUAAACAAUUAGUGCAUGUAUUGUUUUGUGACAUUGGUUGCCAACCCCAUGACAUGUCGACACUGUCCCCUUCUUGACCUUGGGUUCCGUAUUACCAGCUUUCCUGACCCCUCUUGCCUUCUCAUCCUUGCUCCUGGGCUGGUGUGCCCAUUUAGUCUUGUUUUGUUUUAUGGGCCUGUCUGAUCAGGAGUGACUUCAUUACUGAACUCAAAGGGUGUCUGGGGGCCAUACUUUUGGGGUUUCUCCAGUCUUUUUCAGGCGAGUUAGAAUUUCAUCCUACAUUCUUCUCUAGCUCUGUCUGGGACCCUCGGUGGUGGUCCCUGUCGGAGCAGUCAGUGGUGGUAGCCAGGCACCAUCUAGUUGUGCUGGACUCAGUCUGGUGGAGGUUGUGGUAGUUUGUAGUCCAUUAGUCUGACUGAUCUUUCCCUAGUGUCUCUGGUUUUCUUCAUUCUCCCUUGCUCCAGAUGGGGCGAAACCAGUGGAGUAUUUUAGAUGGCCACUCACAAGCUUUUAAGACCCCAGACACUACUCACCAAAGUAGAACGUAGAACAUUUUCUUUAUAAACUGUUAUGCCAGUUGAGCUAGAUGUUCCCUGAGACCAUGGUCCCCACAGCCUUCAGCCCAGUAAUUCGGUCCCUUGGGGAGUUUGGAUGUGUCUAUGGAGCUUCCAUGACCAGGCAAGGGAGCUUUUUGACCACUCUGAACAUCAGCUUCCUCAACUUUAAAAUGGGGGUAUAAUUCUCACCUCAGAGGGUUGUUUGGGGGAAUAAAUAACAUGUCAGAGCACCUGUGUGAAUCUGUCUGCACUGCACAUGCGACAGACUGUGCCUCCAACUUCAGGUAGACAAAAGGCUGCUAGGAAUGCGACACGUACACCCACUGGCAUUGUGUCAUGGGUACAACAUCCAUUUGUGAUCAAGCUGGACACACAAGACACUUAACACAGUGUAGAGAAUGUGGAACUAUUAUUGUUUAUAGAAAGCAAACAGUAAAUAAUAAAACAGAUUCUUAAAGGGGAAUGCCUACCCUUCUCCAAAUUACCCAUGUCUGU